CCCACAGCAGGUUGUCCAGCGCCUUAUCGCGGCCGCCCAGCAAGUAUUUAGACCAACUCCCCGUCCACCCUCCCGCUCUGUUGGCCGUCGCAUCUGCCCUGACUCUGGGCCCUGGCUGAGUACAUCUCGCUGCUUCCCUCUCUCCAUCAAGCGUCGUUGCUCUGCCUGGCUUUCUGUUCCCAAGACCGCUCCUCUGGCUUCUCGCCAGCCCGUCAGCCCGCCAACCCCAUCGCCCUUGCUUCCGUUUCCAUCUCACACACAACCUGUCGUCCCUCGACUGCUACCGCAGCGUCGCAUAGAUCUGUCUCCUAUCCCGCUCCAGCAGCUCUUCCGCACCAUUCACAGUCGCCAAGACCCCGCGGCCAUCCCCGCCUCCAGCCAGCAUGUCCUUCUUUAGCUGCUUAUGCUUUCCGUCGUCCUCCAGGUCACAUGGAGGCGACUCGCCUCCCCUGUUUCCCCUGCCGUCUCCCAAACCCCAUUCCGAGACAUCUGGCCAUCGCGCAGGCAGCAAUCUCAUAUCGACAUCACUGCCUGCUAUGACCCGAUCGGCCUCAGCCCUGGCCUCGUCGCCACGGACAUCAUCCGACUCCAAAUCGACUCUCCAGCCGCCCACCCCGACGAGCACCACCGGCGUCCCUCCACUGCCGAAAAUGCCGCCCUUCUGGGAAUCCAUGCCGUGGAUUCACCCCAUGCUGGCCCUGGUAUCGGUGGCCGUCCGAGAGCCGGAUCGUCUGGCCAUCUGGUCCUUCGGCUCGGGCGGUUUGAUGGCUCGGCCUGUGCGCAUCACCUACUUGGAGCUGUGGCGUGCUGCCUUCACUCUGGCCGAGAAUCUCAAGGCCGUCCUUCCGGCCACCGAGCCCUCCAACGACCCGGACCAGCGCCUCGACUCUGCUGUCGCCGCCGGCACAAUCAACUCCUCCAAGAACUCGAGCCAUUCGGAUUCGUCCGGACGCAGGUUCUUUCAGCAGACCGAGACCGUCGGGAUCUUUGUCGACACAGGCCCGGACUGGAUCAUAGCCAUCUACGCGAUAUGGAUCCUGGGCAAGAUUGCCUGUCCGCUCUACAUCAACAGCCCGGUCGAAGUUCUCAAUACUGCAGUGGCUCGCCUCCAGAUCAACUAUAUUCUGUAUAACGAGAAGAUGCCGGAUAUCGGGAUGACAGUUCGCCUCAAUAUCAACGACUUCCGCAAACCCAUCGAGGUCCCUCCGCCCGAUAUCACCUUCUGCUCUCCAGUCAGCUAUUUUUUGAUCUACUACCAGUCCGUCGACAGUACCGGCUCCACUCAGUUCUCUAUUCUUCCCGGCAGCUCCGCUCGUGGCUUUCGCACAAGCAACUGGUUCGCCCCCCAUGUCAAAACCUGUAUUUCUAUGGGACCGACGUUUGCCCUCUCGGUGUUUCCCCUCCUUGCCCAAAGCAACGCCCGUUGCUCGCUGUGGGUCGCUCGCUUGGCAGAGAACAUGUUUGAGAAGGCAUUUACACUCUUCAUGAUGCUCGACAGCGGAGUCGAGCAAAUCACGUUGACCCCCAUCACAAUGCGGUUCCUGCUCAGCAUCAAGGGCCGGGCCGCAAGCUGGUCGCGCCUCAAGUAUCUCAUUAUCGGCAGCGAGGUUGUCGAUCUCCCGCUCUUGCGCGCUAUCCGCGAGCUCAUGCCUCAAGUGAUAAUCGUUUGCGCGUACAGCUCAUCCGUGGCAGGUGUCGUCGGUGCCUCGGCCAGAUGCCUACUUACUCCGAAGGAUCCUAUCCCGAACCGCCUGAUCUACACCAACCUCAACCCGACUUGCCAGCCCAAGGUCAUGGACAUGUUCAGCAUGGAGCUCAUGGAGGGAAGCCGUCAUAAGCGCGGCGCCCUGUGCUUCUUGAUCCCCAAGGAUCUGCCGAUCGUGAAUACUCCGUACUUUUUGUCGCCGCACAAGUACUCGCCGUUUGGUUUCCUGCCCGACGGACGGCCGCGUGCGCGUUGCCUUGACGAAGCCGAGAUGGUCGAUGGACUUUCGUUCGUCAUCCACGGAAAGCUGGAUCGUCAUAUCCAGUGCGGCGACGCCUUUUUCGACCCGCAUCCUGUCGAAACGAGUCUGCGCUCCGAUCUGGCGGCGUACAUCUCCGACUGCCGGUUCAUUGUCUCGUCCAACCACCAGAUCUUUAUCUUUUACACGUCGCAGAUCUCCAACCGCGACGCAACCGACACCUUCAUCAACGGAGUCAUGCACGACGCACUCGUGGAGAUAUUUGAGAGGGAGGGCAUCCCAUUGGAGCACAUUCCGACUCCGAUCCGGGUCUCGCACAUGCCCUUCAGUCCGUCGCUCAAGUUGGAUCGGCACCAUAUCCGGAAGAUCCUCGAUGAGCUGCUGAGACAAACGACCGUCCCCAUGUCCGAGUACCUCGAGCAGGUGGCCCAGAUCCCGCUGAUUCUCUUUUCCGAGGCAGCCCCGGGUACCUCGCGAUAUCCGAUUGGGCUGGACUUUUUGGUGUCGUGCCAAGCCUCGUUCAUCGGUGCCCAGCUGUACCGCCUGCCGCUGUUCGAGGGACGCGACUUCAAGCUCGGCAGCCUGGUUGCCUUCCACCAGCAGGUCCACGGAGCCGCUGCUGCACAGGAGCUGGACAGGCUCGCUCGGGAACACCAGCGGCUUGUGCAAGAAUACGCACAGCAAGUGGUCGGUCUCCAGAUCGACGAGAGCACGGUGCAAUCGCUUGGUGCACUGUUUGCGAAUGUCGAGGCCUCGGUCUCUGACAUUGGAGCGCUGCUCUGCACUCGCCGAGUUUAGCAGGGAGCGCGUAGAGGCUAUCGCAGAAAAAUACACCCUGUUGCUUGUUUGUUGGAA